AUGCCAAUAUUAAUCUUUGGCGUAUGGGUUGACCCUUCUUCACCACCACCACCACCUUUUCUUCGCAACGUAAACCUCCUUCAAUCCAAUGCGAUGGACGACAACGAACACCGAGAUGGGCAAAUUCCACCACCUUUUCUGGACAACUCCUCGCCUCUCAAUCAAGAAAGCGUUCACGCGCCGGACCAAGAACAACACGCGAGCAGUUUUGGACUGGCGGUAAUAGUACGGGAGCCGACACUCGCUUAUAACGAUCCCUGGAGUAUCAAGAAAACUCUGACGAAAAGCGACGUGAAUGAUGUUGGGGUGCUUAAAGAUUACAAAUUACUUAUUCUAACAAAUGAUCUCUGCAGGCUCAUGCUGAAGAAGAACGCGGUCCAGGUGCACAUACUUGGUAAGUGGGACGAAGAACGGAGGAGGGCAGUCAUGGAAACAAUACAAGGUGUGAGGGCGGAUGUUCGGGACGCAGAUACUGGUACUGUGCAUCAAGUGUCGUUUAAAAGGUGGAAGUCCAGCGGGAGCUUUGUUUUCACUAAAAACUGGGUUACCCAGUUCGUGAAGAGGAGGGGAUUGAAAGAAGGAGACAAGAUUGGGCUUCGUUGUGAUUCGCAGGAGUCGAGAUUUUGCUUUUGCGUUGGCUCCGCGAUGUUAGAUUCUUGA